AUGCAGUUACCAGUAGGGUUUAUUUCGGUUCAUACGGAUGCAGUCGUGUUUUUGGAAACUCAAGAGGUCACGUUUGGGGUUAUUAUCAAGGAUAAUCGUGGGGAAUAUAUUGCUGCAAAAAGUGGUCAUCUUCGCUGCCUACUUGAUGCCCAUAUUGCGGAGGCAGUAGCGAUUAGGGUGGCCCUGUCUUGGGUCAAGGAGCGAGGUCAUUCUAAAGUCAUGAUGUACACAGACUGUCAGAUGGUAUGCAAGUUGUUCAAUGGUAAUUUACUAGAUCUUUCAUUUGCAGGCUGUGUUAUUAAUGAUUGUCGUGAGUUAAGCCGACACUUUGAAUCAGUGUCUGUUAAAUUUAUAUCUAGAUCAGUGAAUAAGGCUGCCCAUGUGCUAGCUAGGGCUGCUCGUUCUCUGGUCCGUUUAUUUGGCAUUCUUCUAUUCCUUCUUGUAUUGAACAAUUUGUUUAAUGAAUGA